AUGAACCAGGAUAUUGAUGAGUUAUCUUUGGAAGAGAUAUUACGUAGUGAUAGAAAAUCUAUAAUCUCUCAGAAUAAAAGCAAAUUUAAUAGUACAGAUCCUAGAUUUAAGGAUGUAUCUGGUAAUUUGAAUAUUCACUUAUUCCAAAGAUCAUAUGAAUUUCUAGAUAAUAUGCGUGAAAAGGAAAUUGAGCAGAUUAAAGAGAACUUAAAGCUAUAUAGACUUAUGGAGAGAUCAAAGAAAGCAGGUACAUGGUAUAAGAUUAAAAAGAGGAGCGAAUUUAGAAAUUCCAAUAUAGUUCAUAUGACUAAUGAAGAUUAUGAGAAUUUAAAUAAACAACUACAAAGAUAUGUUGGCGAAAUUGAUCGUAGAAAUACAAUUAGACUCAAACAAGAAGUUAUAUCUCAAUAUAGAAAGGAAGAAAAUAAGAGGAUCCAAAAAGGUAAGAAACCAUACUUUUUGAAAAAGAAAGACAUUAAUAUAUUAGCAUAUAAAUGCAAAUAUAAUAACCUUGAUAAAAAAAGGAAAAGGAAUUUAGAAGAAAAACGAGGGCUUAAACAAAAGAUAAAAUUCAAACCCCCAGUUAGAAGAUAA